AUGGAUAUUCCCGAUAUCCCAGACGACCGGCCGCACAAGCCGGCAUCGGUGCUCACCUCCCCCACGAUUGUCCUCGACGAUUGUACCCCGGAAUAUCCAGAGUCGCAGUACAAAAACGGCGCUCAAGGAAGCCUCAAUGCCACAAAUGGCGAACAAACGCCCAAGCAAUGUCCCACUCCACCCAAUGAUUCUAGCGAUCUGCGCUCGCAGCCUUCAUUAAGAACAUUACGCCGCAAUUAUACUGUGAACGAUGUCAAGGAGCUGCCUCUAUUACAAGCGACGAACCCAAAUGAUGGCGCCGAGGAAUUUAAUCCGGUCGACGAAAAUGACGAAGACUGUUCCUUUGAUUUAGUUGCUCCGUACGAGGGCGACGAACCCCCAUUGCACACGCUUGAGCGCCAAGCGGAUACCAUGUUUUCAUCAGAGCAUAUGCUAGCCAUUCUCACUAAUCCACGCUACCUAGCACGGUUUCGAGAAUUUCUGCUUACCGAGCGGCCGAAAUCAAUUCCCGUGUUGACGUAUUAUCUCAAUGCCAGCAAAGCAUUGAAGUCAUUGGAAUACGCCAAUUCGCUGAUUAGACUAUCUGUGCUUCUCCCUCCGACUGGAAUCGAGCCUGCAAAGCAGCCAGUGGAGCUUACCAUAAACCCUGCGCUUGAAGCUCGUGUGCAGGAUGGGUUGAAUGCACUUACUGCAGAGGAGCUCCCGGCUUUCAUUACAUCUACCUGCAUCAACAUUACUAGCAAGGUUGUGGAAGAGCGCGUUCGUGGAACCCUGCCGGAAAAGUUCCAAGGGACUGCCGAUGCACUAGCGGAGGUUUUCUGUUUGACAGAUCCGUCGCGGCCAGAUAACCCGAUUAUUUUUGCAUCUGGAGAAUUCCACCGCACUACACAAUAUGGCAUGGAUUACGUACUGGGACGGAAUUGUCGCUUCUUGCAAGGACCCAAAACCAACCCCAACAGCGUGAGGCGCAUCCGAGAAGCAUUGAAGGCUGGUCGGCAUCAUUCGGAACUUUUCCUCAACUAUCGCCGUGACGGCUCACCGUUCAUGAACCUUCUUCAAUGCGCUCCUCUCUGCGAUAGCCAAGGCAAAGUCCGAUACUUCAUUGGUGCCCAGGUCGAUGUCUCCGGUCUGGCUAUGGAGGGCGCCCAGAUGGAGUCGCUACAAGCUCUCACAGCCCAGAAGGAGAGGAGAGAAGCCGGCGAAGAAGAACCCCAACAGUCGAAAUCUGAGUUCCAAGAACUGGGCGAACUGUUCAGUCCGCGCGAGUUACAGAACAUCCAUGCUUACGGCGGCAAUCUUUUCCAACCCAUUGAAGAAAAAGUCAACCCGACAAAUAGCCGUCUAUUCAUACCCGGCAGCCCUGAUUAUGAAGCAGAGAAACGCCUCAGCGAGUUUCAGCAGUCCGCUCCCUCAGCAAACCCCAGUGGAUCUUUGACCGGCGUUUAUAAAAAUUACCUCCUCGUCCGACCAUACCCAUCACUCCGCGUCCUCUUCACCUCUCCCUCUCUACAGAUCCCGGGAAUGCUCCAAUCAUCAUUCUUAUCACGGAUUGGAGAUACCGGUGAAAAGAAGGAUAGCAUUGUGCAGGCCAUGACGGAGGGACGUAGUGUCACAGCCCGGAUCAAGUGGGUCACCCGCUUUAGUGAGACCGGCCGGCAUCGCUGGAUCCACUGUACGCCUUUGUUGGCGAAUAAUGGCGAGGUCGGCGUUUGGAUGAUUGUGGUCAUGGAUGAUGAGGAGGAGCACUUUGUGCGGUGGAAAGGGAACUGGCCGACAACCCAGUAA